UGUGGGGCUGGAUAAAAUUGCUGGCAGUUUGUGUGAGAGAGAGAGAGAAAGAAAGGCAAUUUUCCGAGACUGCUGGGUGAGCUAAUUAGGAAAAAAACCUAUGGGACAGACACUUGUUUCUGAACAUUUUGUAACUGGGAAAGAACGAAACAUUUAGGUAUGUCAUCAGCCUUACUGAUAUUUACAUGAUACUUUGCACACUGUAUCUCCAGGGCACACUGAAGCUAUUCAAAUCAUGUGACUGGAUGCACGCAGAGUCAUGGUGUUGAAACAUUACUGCUACUUCACCUUCGCACUGCAAGCAAUAAAAAAUGAGUGUUGCAUCACAUCAGGCUACAGAAAACUCUUCAUUAGUUGAAAAUUCAGAUAAUGAAGAAGCUAUGAAGAGGAAUGACAGUCUUGCCAAGGAAAUCCUGAAUAGAAGUUUUAGUCCUUCCUUAAUUACCAACACAACGUGGGAGGGUUUCCACUUUGGUGGCUAUGAAAUAAAAAUUAAAGAAGCCACUGAUUGCUAUGGUGCUGUUGUGUGGCCAUCGGCUUCAGUUUUGUGCUACUUUCUGGAAAUGAACCAGGACAAAUACAACUUGACUGAUAAAAAUGUGAUAGAGCUUGGAGCAGGAACAGGGCUUGUGUCCAUUGUGUCCAGUAUUCUUGGUGCCUAUGUGACUGCUACAGACCUGCCUGAAGUGCUAGGAAACUUGCAGUACAACAUCUUCUGUAAUACAAAAACAAGAUGUAAGCACCAGCCAGUGGUUAAAGAACUUAUCUGGGGUGUUGACCUUGAAGCAAAGUUUCCAAGGGAUUCCUGUAACUUUGAUUACAUCAUGGCAGCAGAUGUUGUAUACAGCCAUCCUUUCUUAGAAGAACUUUUGACUACAUUUCUUCACUUGUGCAGAGCCAAUACUAUUAUUUUUUGGGUAAUGAAAUUCAGACUGGAAAAAGAAAAUAAGUUUGUGGACAGGUUUCAAAGUCUGUUUCAUGUUGAAGUUAUUUAUGACCUUCCAAGCUUAGGGAUCAGGCUAUAUAAAGGCACAAAAAAAGCAAUCACUUCAGUAUGAAAUAUUUUCUCGACAAUAAAGGUAAAAGAAAAGUGGGGCGACAUCAUGAAUUUUGUCUUACACUUCCUGUGGGGGUGUUUAACUGUAUACUCUACCAAUAUUUGUUUCCCAUCAAUAAAAAGUUGAGAAAUUAUGAUUGGCAUAAAAUGCUUCUGUUAUUGGAGUUACCAUGUACAUGAUGUGGAUCUGACUAGACCUCGAAGAGUAGUGAGAUAUCAAACUUAUGUACAGCCCUUUAUAGAACUUUAUAAAAUAUAAUAGCGUCAUCAGAUGUAAAUUGGCUUCAUCCAGUUGCAUCACUUCAACCAUGUACAUAUAGAAAAUAUAUACAUUUUUGCAGUGCAAGUUGCAUUGUUACCUUUUGUAGAUACCACAAAGCUGUAAACGCUAUUGAAGGAUUUGACCUUGAAAUGUCUGCUGCAUGUUUAUCAACCUGCAUGAAAAUUAAAAAGUGUUACCUUAUAAUUUGUUAUGCAAACUGCACUUUGUUUACAGACUCUAAAUGUUACACAAUGCCUCUUAAUUCAAAGUAUACAUAUACAAACUCACCUCGAACACCUAAUAAUCAACAAUGUAAGCCAAGUCCUCUGCUGUUCAGUAAUUAUAAAACCAGUGAGCUGAAGUACGAGGCAACGCUGAUAGAUGCAGUAUCCUUCAAGGGUGAUAUUAGUAGGCAAUAACGCAUAACCCUGACAACUUUCAAUACUGGUAUACAAUGGCCAUCUUUCUAAUAAUGUUGUUGUUAUUUUGCUGUUUUGCCUUAUGUAGUCAUACUUAUGAUACUGUUUGUAUUAAUCAUUUGUUAACUGUGCAAUUGGGUUACUCCAUGGCUCUUCUCAGCCAUGAAAUUAAUGGUGAUGACAAAUAAGCCGAAUAAGAAUGUAUAUACAUAGAUAAUCAGCCAGCAUGUUUUUAGGAGGAAACGCAAAUACCAAGAAACAUGACGAUGUAGAUAGACAAAUUCAACACCAGGGCAAGAUUAGGCAACCUAGGCAGCUGAGGGUCCCGGCCUGAAUGCAAAUUUAAAAAAAUAUAUAUGUGUCAACUGUUGAAAUAUGGGAUAUCUGAGAUUCACACACAAGUUCAGUCUGUCCACUGAAGCAUGAAAGUUAUUGGGGAGAUUUAAAGCAUGACUGAAGAAACUUGGUUUAAUUGAUUUUUUUUAAUGCAUGAACACAGGACUUGAACAGCAGAGGUUCCUUUUAUGCAGAAGAGGUAUUUGUGUGAAACAUAAUUGCAUACAAAUUCAGGCAAGUCACUUGGGAGUGCAAUUAGUAAUACUAAUCAUAUUUAUUAUUCCAAAAAUACAUGAUUUUAUUCAUUAUGUCCUAGAAGCACUCUCUGGUUAAGUGACUUGUUCAAAGUCACUCAGUAGGCAAAUGGAGCGAGAAAGAAUCAAACCCUGUAGCCUUGACUACAGGGAGCAGCUCAUUAAGAGCUUAGAGCCUUAAUCUAUUGCACUAGCUGCCAGACCUUUUUUAACUUAUUUAUAGUUGUUGUUCUGAAAAUGCAUUUCAAGUUAAUUGGAGUAAUUUGGAACUUAAGGUACUGAGUUAUUAACUAACUGCUUCUUGUUAUCAAAAGUGCAGUGUCUGAAUCUUUGCACCUCCAUUUGCCUACUGUGUACCUUUAAGCAAGUCACUCAGAUAGUGCUCCUGGGUCAUCCCAAAAAGGGGCACUUUGUACAGUGAGUUUACCUGGUUAGCAAACAGAUACAAGUAAAUGGUAUUUGAAACUUGGCCCUUUGCCACCUAAUUACUUUUGGUUUUGUCCGCAAUUCUUGAGCAGAGAAGUCGAGAGAUAUUUUGUCCAUUCUUUGUAAAACGUGUCACUUUACAGCAAACUCUUGAGUAUUGCAAUUAUUAAAUAGUUACAGACAU